ACCCUGCCUGCCUCCUGAAAUCUACCUCGUCGAGGCGUCCCGGUCACCGUGGAACCUGAGUUUCCGCCCAGACGUCAAUUCUCAGGGAGCACCUGGGCACCAUGAAUCAGUUCGAACUUUGCGUUCAAGGUCCAAGCGAGGAGGCUGUGAACCUCAAGCUUAGCCCCAGCCACACCGUCACACAACUUCGAUCGCUCUUGGCCAUUCAAUUUGGCGUCGCGGCUGAACAACUCUUCCUAGUCGCCGACAACAAUCUGUCGAAGAAGUUGGAGAUGUACGAGCCCGACUUCGUCCACACGCUGCCGGUGGCGCAGCUAGUCGAACAUGGGAGCACUGUGUGCGUCAAGAUUGGUUCUGCGCUGGCAGCGCUUGGCCCUUUUAUUGUGGCUAACGCCGCAACUCGGGAGCCCGCCCACGUCAUGGUCGACAAGUACAUCAUAAUAACUGACUUCAAACCCCCCUCAUUAGCGAGAAAUAAGGCAUUGAAUGGCGGUGAGAUGAUCAGCAGGGAAGUUGUCGUCCAUAGAGAGGGUAUCUCUAUUGAUGCCGAGAUCUCGGAGACCGUUGCCGACGGCCCCAACUCGAGAAUGGUCAACUCCAUUAUGCUUCCGGCCCAGCACGAUAAGGCCCAGAAAAUAGAUUUGUUUAUGGACCUUCUGAAGAGGGGCUUGAGCAUCGAGGAAGCUGGUAAAGCUAUUCAGUUUCUCGGAUGAGUGGCGUCAUCACUACUAGGUAGUGCUUCACCAGACUUGAUUGCGUUCAAAGAUUGAUUGGAUUGUCUACCCUUAGUACACUACCAAGCAGCCAACUUACCUAUGCAAUGCGAUGGCGGACCUUAGGGUAGCGACAGGGAUGAUUUCAGUCAGUCUGGCAGAACCGUUGGCUAGAGUUUGUCUCGAAUGGAGAGAGAAGAAGAAAAGAGAGAACUAGAUGACAGGAAGAGAGGGCAGCUCUUAUAUGAUCCGGAACACACAGACACUGCCUGCCUCAG